GGCCUAGUCGUCGGCACCAGUUCAGCUGGUUAGCUAGCUAGCUCUAGCUAGCAAGCUGUAGCAGGUAAUAAUAAUGACAGUAAGAGGAAUCAUGCGAAGGUAUUGGUGUCGUGAUAAGCUAGCCAUGUGCGUGCAGAUGCAUCCCAGCACGUAUGAGCACCAGAGGCGUCUGGAUCGGUGUGCCGUGUAUGUUAUAUGCAGGCAUGCAGGUAUCACGGUAUAGUGGGCGAUGUGGGUGAGACACUGCAAACAGACUUGUCGUCCCUCUUCUCCCCCUCUAGCUUCUACCUCCUCUGUGAUAUAGGUAUGUGAAAGGGGGAGGCGGACCGGUCAAGGCCACGACCUUCUCUUACAACACUCGCUCACUCGCUCGCUCUUCUCGACACGGGAAAACGGAAAAGGAGGGAAGGGGAGGGACAGCGACGAAGCACGGGCGAAUGCUAAGUGGACCGGCAAAGACCAUGUAUGCUAAAGUGUAUCGCGAGGGGGUUCCCCCCAAGCCGCCAGGGAGCAAGACGGGCGAUUCUUGUCUGGGUCGGCGACUUACUUGGAUCUUCGUCAGCUGAUUGGCCGGCGUGCAGAGGGAGGACCGGGGCAGGCCAGGUAAGGUUGGGUCAGCAGGAUUGCCUCGAUCUCGAUUGGCAACGGAUAGCGCUCUUCUGGGUGCUGGUCGUCGCUCGAGUUCGUCUCGCCGUCUUCUCGUAUGUAUUUAUAGUCGAAAAGAGGAGAGAGAUGUGGUCUUCUCGAAACCAAAGAAAAAUCUUGACCUUGCCAGGAAAUCUUGACCUUGCCAGGGGACCGGAUUCGCCCGCGGGUGAUGUAAGUAGGUAAGUGUCGAUGGCAGGAUUUAUCCAGCCGUCACCCACAAAUUAAUGCGCAAAAUGCAACAAAGGGGGUUCUCGCAAUUGCUCCUUCUGUCUUGGAGCUAGGACUCGAGAGGGGUGGUGGAGGUCGAAGGUACGUAGGAGGUGUAAUGUUAUAUAACACCUAGGUGCAAAUCGGUGCGUAUGCUAGUAUAAGGGCAGCUCAGCGUUCGACUCAGGUCCGGCUCGACUGGGGAGCCUACUUAGGUAACUGGGCCGUUGUAGCGUUAUACCGGCAGUGCUGCCGUCGGGAGUCGUGAUGAUGAGACUGAAGAUAUAUGAGUACGCAUGGGACUGGAUAGGCGG